GCCCACCCGCCUCUCGGUCUCGGCUCUCGGCAUGGACGCGGCGGAGAGGAGGCUCGCUCGCGUCAACGCCCACCUGCUACCCUCCCUCCCUCUCCCACUCGCCUCCGCCCCUCUGCUCGCGCCGUCCCCCACUGCUGCUUCGUCGUCGCCCGCCGGAGAUAGCUACCGGCGCGUCCACGGCGAUGUCCCGUCGGAGCCCCCGGAGUGGCGCGCGGCGACGGACGAGGACGGGAAGGAUUUCGUCGACAUCCUCUACGAGAAGUCCGUUGGAGAGGGCAUCGCCAAGAUCACAAUCAACCGUCCUGAUAGAAGAAACGCAUUCAGACCAUUGACUGUCAAAGAGCUGAUGCGUGCAUUCAGCGAUGCGAGAGAUGAUAGUUCAAUUGGAGUCGUCAUACUGACAGGGAAGGGAUCCAAGGCAUUCUGUAGCGGCGGCGACCAAGCCUUGAGGGAUUCUGAUGGAUAUGUUGACUUUGAUAGCUUUGGCCGACUCAACGUUCUAGAUCUCCAGGUACAAAUUCGGCGCCUUCCAAAGCCAGUUAUAGCUAUGGUUGCUGGUUACGCAGUAGGUGGUGGACAUGUUCUACACAUGGUGUGUGAUCUAACAAUAGCAGCUGACAAUGCCAUAUUUGGGCAGACCGGUCCAAAGGUUGGAAGCUUUGAUGCUGGUUAUGGCUCUUCCAUUAUGUCUCGGCUGGUCGGACCAAAGAAAGCUCGUGAGAUGUGGUUUCUGUCACGGUUCUACGCUGCUGAUGAAGCAGAGAGAAUGGGACUUGUCAAUGUAGUCGUUCCACUUGUUGAUCUGGAGCGCGAAACUGUGAAAUGGUGCCGACAAAUCUUAAGGAACAGUCCCACAGCCAUUCGGGUUCUGAAGUCUGCGCUCAAUGCAGUUGAUGAUGGUCAUGCUGGUCUUCAGGAGCUCGGCGGGAAUGCAACACUGAUCUUCUAUGGGACUGAAGAGGCCAAAGAAGGGAAGAAUGCGUACAUGGAACGACGGCGUCCUGAUUUCUCAAAGUUCCCACGGAAACCUUGAUUUACACUUGAUGAUUUCAUCAUCUCCUAAGUUGUAAGAAAUUUUAUUGGAUGGCUACCUCUCAUGAACUCAUUGACAGAGGUAACCCAAAUAUUUUGUCAUACUCGGUGGAUAGUGUAGAACUGUAAAUCAUUGUUUUUUACUAUACGCAAGUCUGUUGACAAUUUGCUGCCAGAAAUGCAGUUUGUGUGCACGAAAGGAAAUGCAGUAGCAUGUGUGAAUAUCCUUGCAGUACGAUAUAUUUUUAUUGAAAAUAAAGUACCUUUGGGUCACAUCAGCUUGAGGAAA